AUGAGCAUGUGGGCACACUUCCUGCUGGAGAAGCAUGCAGUGAGGGCACCCAUUAAAAAGGCAGACAUGUUGAAGAUGGUCAACAAAAGGCACAGGGAGCACUUCCCCGAGAUCCUCAGGAGAGCCUCCGAGCGCGUGGAGCUGGUCUUUGGCCUAGAAUUAAAGGAAGUCAAGCCAGGCGGUCACUCCUAUACCCUCGUCAGCAGCCUAGACCUCACCAGUGACGGCAGUGUGAGCAGCAUCUCGGGCUUUCCUAAGAAUGGGCUUCUCAUGCCUCUCCUCGGUGCGAUCUUCUUGAGUGGCAACCACGCCUCUGAGGAAGAUAUCUGGGGAUUCCUGAAUAUUUUGGGCGUCUAUGAUGGAAGGAGGCACUUCAUCUUUGGGGAGCCCGGGAAGCUCAUCACCCAAGAUUCGGUGCAGGAAAAGUACCUGGAGUACCGCCAGGUGGCCAACAGUGAUCCUCCACGCUACGAGUUCCUGUGGGGCCCGAGGGCCCAUGCUGAGACCAGCAAGAUGAGAGUCCUAGAGUUUGCUAAGGUCAUGGCCUUCCCAUUCCAUUAUGAAGAGGCUCUGCAAGAUGAGGAAGAGCGAGCCUGA